AUGGAGUGCCCAAAUCAAACAGCACCAAAUGAAUUUAUCCUCUCUGGGUUUCCUUGUACAGAAGAAUUAAAGGUCCCCUUGAUUCUCUUCUUCUCAACCAUGUUUGCACUUACCAUUUCUGGAAAUUCUCUGAUCAUCUUGGUGGUGAUCUCGGACCUUCAACUGCACAAGCCCAUGUACUGGUUCCUCUGUCAACUCUCUAUCCUGGACAUGGCCUUUUCAGCUGUGGUGGUUCCCAAGGUUAUUGCAGGCUUCAAUUCUAGAGGAAAGAUCAUUUCUUUUCCAGGGUGCAUAACAGAGGUGUUCUUUUUUACCCCUGUUGGGUGUGCAGAAUGUUUUCUCUACACUUUGAUGGGUUAUGACCGCUUUUUGGCCAUUUGUAAACCACUCCACUAUAGCAACAUCAUGAGCUGGGAAACCUGUCUCACCCUCUCCUUGGGUACCAUAAUUGGAGGCAUCCUCAAUUCUGCAUUUCAGACAACUAUCACCUUUCAUGCACCUUAUGGAGAGGACAAUUAUAUUGACUAUGUCUUCUGUGACAUUCCAUCCAUCCUUAAGCUGGUCUGUGUGGACAUAACAUUCAAUGAACUGAUGUUCGUUAUUGACAUGAACUUUAUAACUAUGACCUGCUUUCUCCUCAUUCUAGCCUCUUAUGCUUAUAUCAUC